UAUAUUUUCAAUAUUUUUCAUCACGUGCGGCGUACGGAGUGCAAAUACUCCACCAACAAUAAGAAGAAAUAGAGAUACCACGGCGUACACGGACAUCAUACAUACUUUUAACCCAAAUGUGUAUUUUCCCUAAGCCGUAAUGGAAUUUUACAAAGAAUGGCAGAACUGUGUCCAAUUCCCUGCAUCUUGGUGACGUUCACCAGUAUGAUUGUGCUGCUCGGCAGCAUCACAACGCAACCGGAGCUGGUCGUUGACCGCUACGUCGCUGGUUACGAGGUGGGACACCCAGAACUAUGUCCUGCGUUCGGCUCCGAACUGAAGAUAAUCAUAUUUGUAACUUCAGCACCUUCCCAUUUCAAACAAAGAGAAGCGAUACGAAUGACCUGGGGCGAUAUGAGUAAGUUUCCUAAAGUGUCUUUAGCCUUUUUUAUUGGUAUCCCAUCAAACGAGUCCAGAUCUUUAAUCCUAGAGGAAGAGUCAAUAUACCGUGAUAUGAUAAUAGCGCGAUUUAUCGACACAUAUGAUAAUCUUACGCUCAAAAGUCUCUCUAUGUUCGAAUGGCUGAAUACGUAUUGUCCUCUAGUUCCCAGAAUGCUAAAAACUGACGAUGAUAUGUUUAUAAACGUACCUCUGUUAGUAAAAUUUGUAAAAAAAACUUUACGGAAUAAUGGGACGAAAACUAUAUGGGGAAAUUUGAGCGCAGAUCAUUUACGAGUACCAGUGCGUGAUAAUACAUCGAAGUACUUCGUGACGGAGGAGGAGUUCCCUGGAAACAAAUACCCAGCUUUUGUGACGGGUCCAGCGUAUUUGAUAUCGACCGAUGUUACGACAGACAUGUUUGAAGCCGCUGCUGACGAGCCUUACCUUAAAAUAGAAGAUGUAUUUAUAACUGGCAUUUUAGCAAAAAAACUAAAAAUAAAACGGAUUGAUGUCAAAAUAUUCUACAAUUUGAGGAUCUAUGGUGAUCCAUGGUGGCAUAUGUUGGAUUUUUUGUCAGUACAUAACUUAACAAGCGAUGAGGUGCUCGAAUCAUGGCAAGAACUGCAAAUUAGACUCAGUUCGUGGCCGCGCAGCUAGCUUGUUAAAACCACCUGUACUUAUGUAUAUAAUAUGUACUCAUAUAUCGGUUACAUCUAAGAAUCAAAGUAAUAAGGAUUACAUUGCAAUCGGACUGAGAGUAUAUUAUAACUAUGAAAGAAGUCCUCGAUUUUACAGUUAAAGCUUAUAGAAAGCCUAUAUAAUGGUUUUAUUCGACCGUUUAUUCAACCUUAGCUAGUACUUUCAGCGGUAUAAUUGUGUUUCUAGUAUCGUUGGUUAACACUGUAGGUUAAAUAAGAUCGCCGGCUAAGAAUGGCAUAAUAGUUAUAACUUUAUUAGCCCUAUUAUAAAUGGUUGUUUGAUACUUUGACAUGUAUUAGUUCUUUAUAAAGGUCUCAAGUGAGCAUUUUACCUUUUCCUGAGAAACUUUUUUACCCUGUUGUCCUUAAUUUAGCUCCAAUCGCUCUAAAAGUAGAUGUGAUAUAUAAAUAAGUGCACGCGGAAACCAUUUUAAUGAAUGAAAUGUGUAUGUAAUAUCAAGGUUUGUAUGCUUUGUGAAGUGGAAACAGUAUGCCGUUCUGAUUUCUAUGUAAAGUAUACUAUGUUUCCCAUUUCAAUUUUAACGCGCUCAGUAUUUAUUUAAGUUUUAAGCUUAAAAUUACGAAAAUGAUACUUGACGACACAAAUUAAUAAUUUUCUCUAUUUUAAUUUUAUGACCUUUGAAUGAAUGGUGGUUGGUGUAUCAGUUGAGCCCAGGGAAUUGUAAAAAUAACAAAGUAGGUAUUUUAUUGUAGAAUAUUGACUUAAGUUCACCUACAAAAAUGGCGAAAACAUAAUUUAACAAGCAAACUGUAUAUUUCAUUCACGUUUUUACCCGCGGUUUCGCCCGCGUCUAUUUUCCACGGGAUUACUAUUUCUUCAAAGAUGAAGGAACUAUACAUAAUUUCUUGUAAUAUUUCAUGAAUAUCGGUUGAAUAGAAGCUUGAAGAAGAGGAACAUACAAAUCUUGCUUUAACAUUUAUUAAAAGACUUUAAUUGAAAUAAAAAUAAAAUGGAAUUUGAUUGAAGAAAUCUGAGAUUUAUUUUAAGUCCCAAAUGGUGCAGAAACAAACAAAUUCUGAGCACUGGACACACGCGAUCAUCCUACAUAUAGUUGCCCAUUAAGCAUGGCUGUUUCAGAUGCACUUCUGCAAUCUUCAGCGUUUUUCAAUGGAAAAUUAGUGUGGAUUAUCGGGAUUCGAGUUAUCAUAACAACACCUGUUAUUAUAGUGGCGCCAAUUAUAUUUAGCUCUAAUUAGGCUACCCUAAGCCUCGUCCCACUGCACAAUCAGGCUGCAUCCCCGUCAGCAUUAUAGCUACAUCUCAUUAUUAGCUGUAGUAGCUCAGUAGUGACUACCCUAGAAGGUGUAAAACAGUUUUAAAUAAAAAUAUCUAUAUUGCAGUUUAAACCCAUUUGUAUGGGGUUUUAAACACUUCAGUAUCUUGUGUUACAACACCUUACGAGUACACAAACUCUCUUUAACAACCACUCUCUUUGUAAUCAACCAAACCUGAAGUCAUCAAAAUAUCUAUAUGCCUCUUAUAACAACAAAACAAUUAUAGAACAAUAAGUAUUAAAAAGCAUCAGCAAGCACUUUCUUGUAGAUUUAGGUGCCAGAAACAGGUCAAACCUAUAACAAGCUAUUGGAUGAGCGGAUGUGUAGAAAAAAUUACAAAAAUAUUACUAUAAGCCGGCUGGUACUCUUGUCGGCCCGCUGGCCGGUUCGACAAUUUAAAAAAUAUUCUUGUAUUUUCAAAAAUAGGAAAAAAUAUGACAUUGUUUUGAGCACGCUUUUAUUAGUUUAUUUAAUUAUAAGAUAAGAUGACUAGAUACGCCCCGGGGCUUCGCUCCCAUAGGAAUUUCGGGAUAAAAAUUAUCCUAUGUGUUAUUCCAGGUUAUAUUCUAAUCGUGUACCAAAUUUCUUAAUAAUCUGUCCAGUAGGUUUUGUGUCAACGAGUAAUAAACAUAU